UCAGUCUGUGGAAUGGUCUGCGUUUUUUCCCCUGGGUCGUUUCCACUUCAGCAUGGGAACUGCAGUGUCCAAAAGGAAGAAUCUGAGGAGUGAUGCGAUAUCUUCCGUGGCAGCAAAAGUUAGAGCAGCCAGAGCAUUCGGAGAAUACCUGUCCAAUACCAAUCCAGAGAACCGCAACGGAGCAGAUCAUCUAUUGUCUGACAGCUUCCCAGGCCACGACUGUGACUCUCCCGACGUCAGCCGCUUGCAUAACAACAAUCUCCCACCACGGAGCUGCUGUUUGCCCGUAGCUAAAUCCAACCAGUCCAGCCAAUCCAAUCCCAGUGCUCAUCCACAGUCUCAGCCUCUGGUCAACACCCUCCAGGCUCCAGCACCUUUGGGCCCCUCCAAACGUCGACUCUCUGUUGAGCGCAGCCUCUCUGCAGAGGACCCACCAGGCGCCAGAGGCCCAGAGGGGGGUGUUGCGGUAAAGCCGGCGAGGGUUUACACAAUCACCAGGGAAGGAGGGAUGACCCUGGGGGGCCGUGGCACUGAGGAGAGCCUGGAGCUGGAGGUGCUGAAGGGCUCCAGGGAGCAGCCUCUGUCCCAGGCACCUGCCACUGCCAACCACAACCCAUCCUGCACCAGCCAACCGUCCGCCUCAGCCGCCCGUGGUAGCCACCAUCGCAGUAGCCACCACCGCAGCAGCAGCAGCAGCCAUCACAAUGCCCAGCAGCAUCACGGAGGCCUGCCCUCAUCAUCGCAGCCGCUGCAGAGCUCGGGGAACGCCAACAACAUCCGAGACUGGGGAAUGAGGAGAGGGGGGUCGCGGGACGACUACACCCCAGACUGUGUGGCCUGCAUUCGAGCUCCAUGCCAAAGCCAGCGCUCCCUUGACCUGGAUACCUCACCGCGGGAUGGAGGGAAGCACCGCAAGAAACUGGAGAGGGUGUACAGCGAGGAAAGACCAUCUAAUGAUGACAGGGAGGACACUCCUAAUAGCUGGUUCCCUAAAGAGAAUAUGUUCAGCUUUCAGACGGCCACCACCACCAUGCAGGCAAUAUCGGCUUUCCGCGGCAUUGCUGAGAGAAAGAGGCGGAAAAGAGAGCAGGAGGCAGCCACCAUGAUGGAGAGAAAUUUCCGGAAACACCUUCGGAUGGUGGGCAGCCGCAGGAUGAAGGCCCAGACCUUUGCCGAACGUCGAGCCAAGAGCUUCAGCCGCUCGUGGAGUGACCCCACCCCUGUCAAGCCUGACUCACUGCAUGACUCCAGAGACAGUGGUGAGCUUCAGACCUCGUCAGGGACUCUAGAUGAAGGGCUGGAUGAGGAUGCUGAGUGGGAGGAGGAGAGGGAGUUGGAGAGAGCAGCCUGUGAAGGAGAGGACUUCAUCCCACCAAAAGUCAUGCUGAUCUCCUCCAAGGUCCCAAAGGCUGAAUAUGUUCCCAACAUCAUCCGCAGGGAUGACCCCUCCAUCAUCCCCAUUCUUUAUGACCAUGAACGCGCCACGUUUGAUGACAUCCUCGAUGAGAUAGAGAAAAAGUUGACUGCUUACAGGAAAGGCUGUAAAAUCUGGAACAUGCUCAUUUUCUGUCAGGGAGGUCCAGGACAUUUAUAUCUGCUGAAGAAUAAAGUGGCCACAUUUGCCAAGGUGGAGAAGGAAGAAGACAUGAUCCAGUUCUGGCGGCGGCUCAGCAGGCUGAUGAGUAAGCUGAACCCAGAGCCCAACCUCAUCCACAUCAUGGGCUGCUACGUGUUGGGCAGCGCUAAUGGAGAAAAGCUUAUUCAGACUCUGAAGAGGCUGAUGAGACCCUCCUCGGUCGAAUUCAAGUCCCCACUAGAGCUCUCAGCACAGGGCAAAGAGAUGAUCGAGAUGUACUUUGACUUCCGUCUGUUCCGCCUGUGGAAAAGCCGCCAGCACUCGAAGCUGCUGGACUACGACGACCUGUUGUGACGUCGCCCACCUCCUGUUGGCUUGUCGGCCGGUUAUCUCAUAUCUGAGCCUACUGUUGUACGGUGACGGGGCGUUUGGUUGAAGGGCGCCUUAGGGGCGCCUGGACCGGCUCUGUGGCAGAACUGGAGCAGCGGCGCAGUUUGGGUCUGUUUGUCCCUUCUGAAGCAACA